GGGUUCGACCUAGGGAAUUUUUUCAGGGGGCUUUUGAUUUUUCCGGCUGAUUGGUCGGAAUCUGACCGGUAAACGACGUGGUUUUAGGUUUUUUUUUUUUCGAGUAUUUUUUUUUUAACGAUGAACGAUCAGUCACAUCCGCCGCCGAUGAUGAGCCUCAGCCAAGCUCAAGCCAUGAGCCAGCAGCCGCAGAUGAUGACUCAGCCGCCGCCGCAGAUGAUGGCGCCGUCGUCUCAAGCCAUGGCUGCUCAGCAGCAGCAGAUGAUGAUGAACAGUCAGUCUCAGCCGAUGAUGAUGAACCGGAGCUACAAGGCUUGGCCGCCGCAGCAGCAGCAGUUCGCCGCCGGGAAGCCGCCGCAGUCGAAUCUCGGAAGGAACAAUUGGAAGGGGAAGAAGGGAAAUGACAAGAGGAGAAUGGAGAAGAUUGUUCCCAAUUUGCCCCUGAGCGGCGGUCAGAGCAGUACUGGAGGGUAUAAUGUUCCGAAUUUGCCCCUGAGUGGUGGCCAGAGCAGCGGAGGAGGGUACAUACCUCCGACGCUUAAUGAGUUACAGUCUCAGAAUCAGAAUCGAAUGAAAGCUCGGAAAUUUUACCCCAAAAAGAAGUAUAACAAUAGGUUCGCGCCUUAUGCGCCAAGGAACACGACCUCGUUUAUCAUUAGAGCUAAGAAGUCCGGUGGGAUCGCCUCGCUGGUUUCGCCUUGUCCGGUGACCCCUGCUGUGCUGCCCACGCCCAUAUUUUCGCCGUCCAGGGAGGUUUUGGGGGACACGGCGAAGGAGGAGUGGGGUGUGGAUGGGUAUGGUUCGAUGAAAGGGUUGAUUCGGCUUAGGUCUCCGGGGAAUGAUGAUGAUGAGGAGGGAGGGGGCGGGUCGAGUGAGAGUGAUGUGGAGGAGCAUGUGGAGGUGGAGAGGAGGUUGGACCAUGAUUUGAGCAGGUUCGAGAUGAUAUACCCGAAUUACAGUGGGGUUGAGUAUAAUAAUGUCUUGGAGAAUAGAGUGGAUGAUCAGGAUACCCACAUUGCUCAGUUGGAGGAGGAAAAUUUGACUUUGAAAGAGAGGCUGUUCUUGAUGGAGAGGGAGUUGGGGGACUUGAGGAGGAGGAUGUUGUUUCUUGAGAGAAGGCAUCAUGUGAUGGAGGUGAAUGAGGAGGUUGUGGAGAAUGGUUCUGAGAAUGAUAGUGAUGGAGGGUCGGAUGUGCCUCAUAUGGGCAUGGGAGGUGAGAGCAACAUUGAGGUGGUAGAUUAUGUGUCUAGAGAUGGUGUUAGGGAUGUCUCGAUGGAAGAAUAUGUUCAUGAUGAAAUGAAAUUAAAGGAAAAUGAGGUCAAAGAUGAAUUGAGAAAUGAGGUUGUAGGUAAUGAAGAGAUUGAACAUAAGGAUGAGGGAAGAAGGAAUGAUCUUGUAGGUGAUGGAGUUGUUUCGGAGAAGGUUGAGGAAGCAAGCAAUGAGUUUAUAAUGAACAAAGUAAUUGCAAAUAAAACUGAGCUGGUGACUAGUGAAGGCGAGACAAAGAAUGAGAAUGAGUUUGUGCAGGGUCAGGUGAACAUAGAGAAGGCUGAAGACAUGGGUCAGAUGAAUGCAGAGAAGGAUGAAGAAAUGGGAACUUCAUGCACAGAGAAUAAUAAUACUGAGGCGGUGAAGAAUGAAGUUAAGACCAAGAAUGAGAGUCAGUUGAUGCAGGGUCAGAUGAAUGCAGAGAGGGAUGAAGAAAUGGGAAUUUCCAGCACAGAGAAGAGCAUUGGCGUAGGUGACUAAUCUGUCCCGCGUUAAUGUAAGUUGCUCUUUUGAACAGAUAAACAUUUCCCUUGGUGAUCGAUCGUUAUACUUCUGGAUAUAUGCACUAUGUAGAUUCAGAUUAUGUUUGGAUUUUUUGCUGUUAGUUCCAUUAAUAGUCUGUCAGGUGGAUGGGGAAGGAUCUUCUCUGUUCUGACCUAAUAAUGUCUGUAGGGAUCAGGAAUGUAGGUUUUAUAUUUUGUUCUGGGAUGAGGUUUGUAUUGGAGUUAGUCCAGGUUCAUUCUGUUAAAAAGAUAUAUCUGUAUGUCUGCAUAUUCGAAACUUUGAAAUGGACCUGAUAAUUCUCUUGGGUAUGCUGUACUAAAUUUCCAUUCACUUAAUGUCAUGCAAACCUUUCCGAAUAUUCCUCGGCAAUUCUAUGAAUUUUUUGUUGUUUUAAUGUGCUCUCACUUACAAUUUGCAAUAACGUUGCUGCAUAUUU